UAUCGAACUCGGCAAGGUCGCUAGAGACGAGAUUAAUCGAGAAUUGGUGAUAUAGAUAGCGGCUGCAUCCCCGAUCCCCGACCACAAGGGAGUUGACAGUGACAGGCUGUCGAUGCCUUGUGAUGAGGUAAGCGUAUGAUAUGGACGCGUCGUCCAUAACAGUUACGCGUUUCCAAAUCAGUUGCGGUCUUUCAGGAUAUCAUAAAGACCUCGGGUUCAAAGGUAACUGCAAAACUCAACAGAUCACAUAUCAUAAGCCAUCAAGCAACAAGCAGUAUCAGUAUGGCCCGUAUCCUCAACAACAGUGACGACGAACUUCAAUUUGUCUUCUCUGCCCGUCACGGUCUCUUUCCACGAUGGGAGAAGACUUGCGUAAAGAAAGACAUGCAACUCGGAUUUGAUGGAGUUACACAUGUAUUCACCUACAGCAGCACUCGAAAGGAUGUUGUAACUCGCAUCUUCGAUGCUACCGGGUCCCAACUGUUUACUUUACUUCACACCAACGGCUUCUGGAAAGAUCUCCGGGAGACAGAUUCCUUUCCAGAAAUCGACUGCUUUCAGAUCCAAAUAAGAAUCCUACACAACUAUAUCGUCCCCUUCUAUGCGUUGUCGGACCCUCCCACUGGAGUGGACAGAUCCUGCAUGGAGAUCAUCUGGAGACAUCUCGCCGAACAGAAGGCAACUAUCAUGAGCCUUUCUUGUUUCCAGCUACCUGAUUUCCUUCCUAGUCCGGACGAUCUCCUCAGACUGACGGAGACUUUACAUGAUGUCACUCCUAUCGUGCAAGCCAUGGAUAUUGUCGCCCCUAAAAGCAGAGAGGUUGCCAUGUUGCGGGCGAACAAGAACAAGGUUGAGGAGAAAAUAGAUGCCUGGAUGCCUUUGGUAAAGCUGUUCAACACACUUGGAGAGGAUCUCACGGCCUCGGAGCGAGCCGAUCGACUCCGACUUCUCGUUGAUCAUUUCGAUACGCAUAAUGAAUGGAAUGUCCUCGAGCUGGCUACUGAAAAUCCAGUCAGCGCGUCUGUUGCCGUUGAUGUUGAAGCCCCUCCGUACGACGCCGAGCCGGCGCAGCACGAUC